CCCAUCCAGCCAGGCCGGUGAAGAUGGCGGCGCCCUUGGCGGAGGAGCUGGCGCGCCUCCUGAACCCGCUCCCCCGCCCCUCGCUGGACCCCGAAGACGACCCCCAGGAUGCUACCGCAGCCCGAGUUGUUGACAAAUUUGACGAAGCUGCCCUUGAAGAGGAUGGCUUUCCUGUGGGCCACAUACGGAAAGCGAUUUCUGCAGACCUCUUGGAUACGGAUAAGCGAUACCAUGGGAAGGCCACGUCCCGAAAGGCCUUGGAGGAAGAGCUGUGGGGAGAACCCCCUCUCUCAGAUGAACACAUUUCAGACGAGGAGGAAAUGACAGCUGAAGAUGACCUUGGCAGUGACUCUCUUGAGGAGGACUUAGAUGAGGAUGCUGCAGAAAUGGAGGAGGAAGAGGAGGGUGAAGUGAUCAUUACUGGCCAAAAGGAAAAGAAAGUCUCCUCCGAGGACCAGAAGAAAUCAUCUUUCAGUUUCCAGGCUAUUGAUGAUUUUGAGAAAUUUGCAGAGGGGAUGGAUGAAAUGGUGAGUGAGGAUGAGGAAGAUGCCGACACGGAAGAGAGCGAUGAAGAUGGAAGGAGCUCGGAGGAGAGUUUUGAUGAGAGCAAGGAGGAGACGGCGGGUGAGGAUGAAGGCAAAGGCAACAGGGCACUGUUGACAUUCUCUGAAGACAGAGUGGUUGAAGAAGUCGCUAGAGGAAAAGCCGUGAAAAAUCAGAUAGCUCUCUGGGAUCAGCUCCUGGAAGGACGGAUAAAACUGCAGAAAGUCCUCUUGACAGCCAACCAGCUUCCACAACCGGAUACCUUUCCCGAGUUUAAGAACAGAGGAGGGCCGGAGUUUGCCGAAGCGCUCAAGAACAAUUACAAAGCCUUAAAGGCUUUGUUGAGAAGUCUGGUAGAUCUCCAGGAUGAGCUGUUGCAUCAGUAUUCGGGGACAAGACAUCUAGUGAAUGGACAGCAGGCGAAAAAAGAGAGUGAUGACGAGAUUCCAAGCAGCCCUGACGAAGAUGCCGAAGAAGAGGAGGAAGGCGAGACGAAAAAGAGGGUGAUGCAAAGGCCGCCGAAGCGGAAGCUCGAAAUGGAAGCAUACCCAGAGUUUGCGGCCAAGCGAUUUGCUGACUUCCAGACCUACCGGAACAGCACCUUGCAAAAGUGGCAUGAUAAGACCAAGUUGGCUUCUGGCAAACUGGGCAAGGGUUUCAGUGCCUUUGAGCGUUCAGUCUUGACUCAGAUUGAUCAUAUUCUGAUGGACAAAGAGAGAUUACUCCGGCGGACACAUACCAAGCGGUCGGCGUACAGGGUUUUGGGGAAGCCACAACAAGCACCCGAGCCCCUUCUGGAAGCCUUGCCAGGACAAAAGGAGGCUGUUCCAUCGACUGUGUCAAAUGCACACCUCAAGGACCUGGAUGAGGAGAUCUUUGAUGAUGAUGACUUUUACCAUCAGCUCCUCCGGGAACUUAUUGAACGUAAAACCAGCUCAUUGGAUCCAAAUGACCAAGUGGCGAUGGGCAGGCAAUGGUUGGCCAUCCAGAAACUGCGGAGCAAAAUCCGGAAGAAGGUGGAUACCAAGGCCAGCAAAGGGAGGAAAAUCCGGUAUCACGUCCACAGCAAACUCGUGAGCUUCAUGGCUCCCAUUGACCACUGCACAAUGAAUGAUGAUGCCAGGACGGAGCUUUACCGGUCUCUCUUUGGCCAGCGGACCCACCUUGAAGGAGGAGGAGACAAGUCGUGAUGACGACGGAGCUGCAAGAGGUGGAGCGUUUGCUGCUUUUCGUAAGCCCCCUUUGCGGCUUCUCUCCGCAUAAACACCCAGCCAGUGGAGCCGCCAAAAUACUUGGUGCUUGGGAAUAUCGCCAUUGGCCCACUUCAUUUGAUCCAUCUCAAUGCCUUUGAUAAUCCGUUGCCCUCCGCACCGCUUUUCCCCUAAUGUUCCCAUAGCUAGUGCCCGUUGCUUCGAUUUUAGAGUCUGCAAAUAGCCAUGGCUCGGCCGAGUCCAAAUGAAAGGAAACCCGAAACGACCCAGACCUUGUUUUCCUUCUCUCGUUGCAAACCUUGAGUUCCUCCCCAAAACUCUGUGGAAUGAAAUCAGAACAAUAUGGAUAAAGUUCUGUCAUAUUUUAGUGGAUGUUGGGGUUACAAUGGAGGUGGGUUUGGUUAUCCUCAGCGGGGUUUUGAGCCUGUAACUAUCCGACAUGGGUUCCUGCUCCGUGUUAAGGAGCCGUCGCACCGGAUACGCUUCCUUUAGAGUCCACACUUAUAUUUUGACUACAAUCACCUCCCACGUUUGUUGCAGAUCAGGGCACAGAAAGACACCUUUGUAGAUUCAAUCAGUUUAUUUUACAUUUAGACGAAGACUGCUACAGACAGCUAUUUUGGGUCCUUCAGCCAUUUUGGCUAAUGAACAUCCGGGCAGUGUGAGAAAGACUUUUUCUUACCCUAUUAGGCAUUUUUUGGUCUUCCGGUGUGGCUCUGGGUUCAAAAGUUGACCGUCAAGUCAUAG